UUAAAACAUUUGCACAUGCGCAGCGAAACAGGAAGAGUGAUUAAUGAUUAAUUAUUAAUGGCAGUUAAACAUGUCGGAACAGAGCCCUGGAGUUUAACUCCCAAAUUAAGCGUCUUGCUGUAACAGACAGGUUGUUGGAUUGCUGUUGUAUACAGAAGACCUCCAAAAACGUCAAUGAUCCAUUUGGUAUUCAUUGAAUUUCGAGAGUCCAUAGCAUGAUGUCUGCGGAACAGAAAGAGAAACUGAUUCACGUAAGCCUUCUGACUUCCAUUUCGAAUAAGAUGGUAGAAACAGAGAAAGAGUACGAGAACUUCAUUAUCCAUAUGGGUGUAUACGUUGAUCCUGGCCUUCUUGAGCAACACAAAACGAUUUUAGGUAAACUGAGUGCUCUGGAGAAAAAGAAAUUUCUUGGACCUGGAAAUUAUAAAAUUCUUAAAGAAAUAUGUAUUAACAGCGAGAACAAUUACCUGACAGACGACAUAGCGACUGCUGAAAAAGAAAUAAUGAGGGUUCGGAAGGAAUAUGGAGAAGGAGCCAAAGCUGGAUCCAAACAAUCGAAUAGUGUGGCUGAGUGCACUAAUGAUAUUAAUCAGCAGACUCAACAAAGAAACCGAAACGAAAUAACUAGAAAACGACCAGCUUCAGAUGGAUCUGAUCAAGCCCCUUUUGAAUCAAAACAAGCGAAACGUGAGUAUGAAUCACAAGGGACGAAAAGGCGGGACAGUACAUGUAUACCUAGAAAUCAGCAUUCUAAGGACACGUCUUACAGUACCACGGAAGUACAGCAGGAAUACAGCAGAUGGUAUUAUGCUUGGCUAGGACUAAGAUGUGUUCUUGAUGUACUUAAGCCUUUCUGCAAUGAGAUUGUAAACGAGCAGCAUCGUGUCAUACUGAGUAAGGUGAAACAAAAGCACAACAUUAACAAUAUAGCGUGCGGCCAAUGUAUCUUGAUGGAACUUAAACCAGACCAUGCCAGAGACAGACAAAAAUGUCCGUUCGGUAAAUUCAAAUGUAACUGUCAGUACACGGGUACAAACGUUUGUCCAAAAAAUAUAUGUGGCGCUAUAUACGACGAGAUUAUUGAACUCCAUACCUUCAAGCGACCAGCGCAAGACUGGAGGAACACAGAUAUACAAAAAUGGUGCUCAGAUCCAUGGUCGAUUGCUAAAUGUUUCAUCAGCACGUCAGGUUAUGCAUGUAAAAACAUUUCAAAUAUCGACAUUACUGGAAUUCUACAACUGAUUUACAACAACAUGGGAUUUUGUAGCCAUAUUACAAACAUGGAUCACAUCGCCAAAGUACGUGAGUGGAGAAACAAAUUUACACAUUCUAAUAUAUUAGAGCUUGAUGAAAUGGAGUUUGAUGAAUUCUUUCACGAUUUAACAACUUUAUUAGUAGAAGAACCGGAACUCAAAACCAGACCGGAGACGGAAGGCGUUAUGAAGAUAUUGCAAAGUCUCAUGGACAUGCAGAACCCUUUCGAUAUAAAUACGAAAGUUGAAACCGAUGUUUUGUUGUACAUAAGACAAAGUAUAAAGGACAUAAAUCAGAGUAUUAAAUAUUCAACCAACAAAACGGCAACAAAUGAAGAUAGAAGUUCAUCUGAACAACCGGAUGCUUCCAGACGAUUUACAAGACAGCUGGAGCGUGAAAUAGAAGGCAUGAAACAGGCCAAAAGAAAGCAGUUAGCAAAUGCUGAAGCAAUUUUGGAUGAAACAUUUCCCGGUGAACUGGAAAAAGACCCAUUGACAAGACAACUUUAUAACAAAGCACUUCAAAAUGAUAGAUCGGAAGAAACUAGCAUACAGGUAAUGGUGAUAGGGUGUUAUAAUCAUGGUAAGACAUCAUUGGUCAGAAGGCUUCUUGGACAGAAAUUAGACGGUAAAGAGUCUACGAAUGGAAUAGAAGUUCAUAGAUGUAUUGCAAAGCCUAAUGGCAUGUGGGAAGAAGUGAAGACAGAAGAAUUAGAACACAACUUGUUCAGACAACAUGCAAAACGUGCUCAGGGCGUACUACCGCCGGAAACUGAAAAAGAGGAAAGUACUCCUCAUAACGUACUACCAGAUGAAGAUUCAGUUACUAAAGCCAGAAUGAAAAAAUGUGUACAUGAACAUGACAAAGAAAAUGUAUUACUUUCCUCUGAUGCAUCUUACAAAAACCAGUCAAAAAAUAUUUUCCAGACGUUCACAAAAGAGUUCCACAAGCCUUUGGAUACCAAAAGAAAUUUAAACGACUUUAUAGAUUUAAGCAUCUUGGAUUUAAGCGGCCAAUUUACAUAUUAUGCAACGCAUCCGAUAUUGCUUUCAACACGCGCUGUAUAUAUCUUAGUUAUUAAUCUGAAGGACGAUCUAAAUGAAAUUUUAACCUACAGCGAUAAUCCCGGGGAAACGCCUACAAAAUCGUUGCGAGAAUACAUUUCAUUCUGGGUUAAUUCAAUUCACACUUUCGUUGGCACAGAAGAUGGAUAUUGCCCGCCAAUAAUAUUAGUGGGUACACAUAAGGAUGAGAUAGAUACUGAUGAAAGCAAAGUAUUUGCUGACGUUAGAGAUUUGUUUCAGAACAGUUCUGCAUUAAACCAUCUACAACUGGAAACAUUUUCCGUUUCAAAUACUGAAACUGAAUUAUCGGAAGAUGAUUUCAUUUCUCUACGAUCAUUGAUAAUCAAAGUCGGAAAACAGCAGCCCAUGAAAAAAAUACCUGGAAAAUGGCUGCUACUAGAGUAUGAAUUAAAGAUGAGAAGCAAGCACCAAAAAAUUAUCAAAUUGUCUGAACUGUGUAAGAUUGCCCUUGAAGUAGAUUCACAAAUUCUGAGAGGUAUAAAGAAUGAAGAUAUGGACCAACUUAAGCUUUUUCUUACUUUCCAUCAUAUAAGAGGUACACUCUGUUAUUUCAAUGUUGGAAAACUCUCAGAAUACGUUGUGAUAGAUCCUAUUUUUUUGAUUGAUGCAUUUAAGUGUCUUAUUACAUCGAAAAAAAAGCUAAAAGCUCGUUAUCCAUUGAACAAAAUGUGGAAAAAGCUUUGUGAUACGGCAAUAUUAGAACCAGAAUUAAUAAAGAAUGUAUGGAGUGGAGACUUUUUGAAAUUCCAAAACCUACUGUUACAAUUCUUGCAGGGACAUCACAUUAUAUCAAACGUUCAAAAGUAUAACGAACAACACGAUUUUUGCAUUGUUCAAAGUGCCGGAUAUUAUAUUGUUCCGAGUUUUUUGAAGUCAUCGGUAAAUAGUGAUCAAAUAAAAACUUUCCUUCUAGGAAAGACUACGUCAAAAGUAUCUCUGCGAUAUGAAAAUAUUUCCCAAAAGGUAUUGCCUAUAUUAUUCAAUAGGAUACUUGCAGCAUUAGUUGGCAAAUGGCCUAUUAGCAACUUGGAUGAAGUUCCUUUGAUAUUUGACAAUUUUGUUGCUUGUGAACCUAAGCGGGAUCAUGCGGUUUUACUUUUUCAAGAAGAAAACGGAAUAGAAUUACUCACGGUCAGUCUUCUCAACAAAGCUGUUAGUUCGGAAAUCUGUGAUGUUUUUCGAAGAUUUGUUGAGAAGAUUAUGAAAGAAGAAAUAUAUAAACUUCGUUCUAGGAACGUUCAGCACAGUGAAGAACUUUUUUCUGUGACCGUAAGAUGUAGAGAUUCAUUUCAUGAAUAUAAAGGAAGUACAUUCACAUGUGACCUUCAUGAGAUAAAAAACAGUGAUUCAGAAAUCCCGUGUCCAGACAAAAGAAAUCAUAUCGUAAAAUCUGAUUACAUUAGGCAGUGGUUUCCAGACCGAAAUAGUAUAGUGUCUAGAAGUAGUCAAACAGGAACAAGAAGACUUACAGCGAAAGAAUACAGCAAACUGGCCCAAAAAAUAGGACGGAAUUGGAAACAGUUUGCAGAGACGUUAGGGUUUUGCAAAGAUACGAUUGAGCAGAUAGAAAUGGAUGAUUUUUUACAGCAGUUUAGAGUGUAUCAACUAUUAUUGAAAUGGGAUGAAAAGGAGGGUGAAAAUGCCACAUUGGAUAAAUUAGCAGAGGCCGUUUUACAGACACCGGGUUUAUCGGCGGACUUGGAUGAGAUAAAAAACUUAGUGAACGACUUAUGAUAAUUUUAAAGGAAAAUACAUAUCUGUGUAUACUAAGUGGACAUUCGUACAUACGCAAACUUUAUACAGAAUAAACGUGACCUUACACUGAUGGUAUAUUGAUCAAAUUGCCUUUAUUAUAUCAAAUAAAACUUCUUUAAUACGUA